AUGCAGAUCUUUGUGAAGACCCUGACUGGUAAGACCAUCACUCUGGAGGUUGAACCCAGUGACACCAUUGAGAAUGUCAAAGCUAAGAUCCAGGAUAAGGAAGGCAUCCCUCCUGAUCAGCAGAGGCUGAUCUUUGCCAGCAAGCAGCUGGAAGAUGGUCGCACCAUGUCAGAUUAUAACAUCCAGAAAGAGUCCACCCUCCAUCUGGUCUUGCGGCUGAGAGGAGGUAUGCAGAUCUUUGUGAAGACCCUGACUGGUAAGACCAUCACUCUGGAGGUUGAAUCCAGCGACACGAUUGAGAAUGUCAAAGCUAAGAUCCAGGAUAAGGAAGGCAUUCCUCCUGAUCAGCAGAGGCUGAUCUUUGCCGGCAAGCAGCUGGAAAACGGCCGCACUCUCUCCGACUACAACAUCCAGAAAGAGUCCACCCUCCAUCUGGUCUUGCGGCUGAGAGGAGGUAUGCAGAUCUUUGUGAAGACCCUGACUGGUAAGACCAUCACUCUGGAGGUUGAACCCAGUGACACCAUUGAGAAUGUUAAAGCUAAGAUCCAGGAUAAGGAAGGCAUUCCUCCUGAUCAGCAGAGGCUGAUCUUUGCCGGCAAGCAGCUUGAAGAUGGUCGCACCAUGUCAGAUUAUAACAUCCAGAAAGAGUCCACCCUCCAUCUCGUGCUCCGCCUUAGAGGAGGUAUUCAGAUCUUUGUGAAGACCCUCACAGGCAAGACUAUCACUCUGGAGGUUGAAUCCAGUGACACUGUUGAGAAUGUCAAAGCUAAGAUCCAGGAUAAGGAAGGCAUCCCUCCUGAUCAGCAGAGGCUGAUCUUUGCCGGCAAGCAGCUGGAAGACGGCCGCACUCUCUCCGACUACAACAUCCAGAAAGAGUCCACCCUCCAUCUGGUCUUGCGGCUGAGAGGAGGUAUGCAGAUCCUUGUGAAGACCCUGACUGGUAAGACCAUCACUCUGGAGGUUGAACCCAGUGACACCAUUGAGAAUGUUAAAGCUAAGAUCCAGGAUAAGGAAGGCAUUCCUCCUGAUCAGCAGAGGCUGAUCUUUGCCGGCAAGCAGCUGGAAGAUGGUCGCACCAUGUCAGAUUAUAACAUCCAGAAAGAGUCCACCCUCCAUCUCGUGCUCCGCCUUAGAGGAGGUAUUCAGAUCUUUGUGAAGACCCUCACUGGCAAGACUAUCACUCUGGAGGUUGAACCCAGUGACACCAUUGAGAACGUCAAAGCUAAGAUCCAGGAUAAGGAAGGCAUCCCUCCUGAUCAGCAGAGGCUGAUCUUUGCCGGCAAGCAGCUGGAAGACGGCCUCACUCUCUCCGACUACAACAUCCAGAAAGAGUCCACCCUCCAUCUGGUCUUGCGGCUGAGAGGAGGUAUGCAGAUCCUUGUGAAGACCCUGACUGGCAAGACCAUUACUCUGGAGGUUGAACCCAGUGACACUGUUGAGAAUGUUAAAGCUAAGAUCCAGGAUAAGGAAGGCAUUCCUCCUGAUCAGCAGAGGCUGAUCUUUGCCGGCAAGCAGCUGGAAGAUGGUCGCACCAUGUCAGAUUAUAACAUCCAGAAAGAGUCCACCCUCCAUCUCGUGCUCCGCCUUAGAGGAGGCAUUCAGAUCUUUGUGAAGACCCUCACAGGCAAGACCAUCACUCUGGAGGUUGAACCCAGUGACACCAUUGAGAAUGUUAAAGCUAAGAUCCAGGAUAAGGAAGGCAUUCCUCCUGAUCAGCAGAGGCUGAUCUUUGCCGGCAAGCAGCUGGAAGAUGGUCACACCAUGUCAGAUUAUAACAUCCAGAAAGAGUCCACCCUCCAUCUCGUGCUCCGCCUUAGAGGAGGUAUUCAGAUCUUUGUGAAGACCCUCACAGGUAAGACUAUCACUCUGGAGGUUGAAUCCAGUGACACUGUUGAGAAUGUCAAAGCUAAGAUCCAGGAUAAGGAAGGCAUCCCUCCUGAUCAGCAGAGGCUGAUCUUUGCCGGUAAGCAGCUGGAAGACGGCCGCACUCUCUCUGACUACAACAUCCAGAAAGAGUCCACCCUCCAUCUGGUCUUGCGGCUGAGAGGAGGUAUGCAGAUCUUUGUGAAGACCCUGACUGGUAAGACCAUCACUCUGGAGGUUGAACCCAGUGACACCACUGAGAAUGUCAAAGCUAAGAUCCAGGAUACGGAAGGCAUCCCUCCUGAUCAGCAGAGGCUGAUCUUUGCCGGUAAGCAGCUGGAAGAUGGUCGCACCAUGUCAGAUUAUAACAUCCAGAAAGAGUCCACCCUCCAUCUCGUGCUCCGCCUGAGAGGAGGUAUUCAGAUCUUUGUGAAGACCCUCACAGGCCAGACUAUCACUCUUGAGGUUGAACCCAGCGACACCAUUGAGAAUGUCAAAGCUAAAAUCCAGGAUAAUGAAGGCAUCCCUCCUGAUCAGCAGAGGCUGAUCUUUGCCGGCAAGCAGCUGGAAGAUGGUCGCACCAUGUCAGAUUAUAAUAUCCAGAAAGAGUCCACCCUCCAUCUUGUGCUCCGCCUGAGAGGAGGUAUUCAGAUCUUUGUGAAAACCCUCACAGGCAAGACUAUCACUCUGGAGGUUGAACACAGUGAUAACAUUGAGAUUGUCAAAGCUAAGAUCCAGGAUAAGGAAGGUAUCCCUCCAGACCAGCAGGGGCUCAUCUUUGCUGGCAAGCAGCUGGAAGACGGCCGCACUCUCUCUGACUACAACAUCCAAAAGGACACCACCCUCCAUCUUUUUUUUUCCACCCUCCAUCUGGUCUUGCGGCUGAGAGGAGGUAUGCAGAUCCUUGUGAAGACCCUGACUGGCAAGACCAUUACUCUGGAGGUUGAACCCAGUGACACUGUUGAGAAUGUUAAAGCUAAGAUCCAGGAUAAGGAAGGCAUUCCUCCUGAUCAGCAGAGGCUGAUCUUUGCCGGCAAGCAGCUGGAAGAUGGUCGCACCAUGUCAGAUUAUAACAUCCAGAAAGAGUCCACCCUCCAUCUCGUGCUCCGCCUUAGAGGAGGCAUUCAGAUCUUUGUGAAGACCCUCACAGGCAAGACCAUCACUCUGGAGGUUGAACCCAGUGACACCAUUGAGAAUGUUAAAGCUAAGAUCCAGGAUAAGGAAGGCAUUCCUCCUGAUCAGCAGAGGCUGAUCUUUGCCGGCAAGCAGCUGGAAGAUGGUCACACCAUGUCAGAUUAUAACAUCCAGAAAGAGUCCACCCUCCAUCUCGUGCUCCGCCUUAGAGGAGGUAUUCAGAUCUUUGUGAAGACCCUCACAGGUAAGACUAUCACUCUGGAGGUUGAAUCCAGUGACACUGUUGAGAAUGUCAAAGCUAAGAUCCAGGAUAAGGAAGGCAUCCCUCCUGAUCAGCAGAGGCUGAUCUUUGCCGGUAAGCAGCUGGAAGACGGCCGCACUCUCUCUGACUACAACAUCCAGAAAGAGUCCACCCUCCAUCUGGUCUUGCGGCUGAGAGGAGGUAUGCAGAUCUUUGUGAAGACCCUGACUGGUAAGACCAUCACUCUGGAGGUUGAACCCAGUGACACCACUGAGAAUGUCAAAGCUAAGAUCCAGGAUACGGAAGGCAUCCCUCCUGAUCAGCAGAGGCUGAUCUUUGCCGGUAAGCAGCUGGAAGAUGGUCGCACCAUGUCAGAUUAUAACAUCCAGAAAGAGUCCACCCUCCAUCUCGUGCUCCGCCUGAGAGGAGGUAUUCAGAUCUUUGUGAAGACCCUCACAGGCCAGACUAUCACUCUUGAGGUUGAACCCAGCGACACCAUUGAGAAUGUCAAAGCUAAAAUCCAGGAUAAUGAAGGCAUCCCUCCUGAUCAGCAGAGGCUGAUCUUUGCCGGCAAGCAGCUGGAAGAUGGUCGCACCAUGUCAGAUUAUAAUAUCCAGAAAGAGUCCACCCUCCAUCUUGUGCUCCGCCUGAGAGGAGGUAUUCAGAUCUUUGUGAAAACCCUCACAGGCAAGACUAUCACUCUGGAGGUUGAACACAGUGAUAACAUUGAGAUUGUCAAAGCUAAGAUCCAGGAUAAGGAAGGUAUCCCUCCAGACCAGCAGGGGCUCAUCUUUGCUGGCAAGCAGCUGGAAGACGGCCGCACUCUCUCUGACUACAACAUCCAAAAGGACACCACCCUCCAUCUUUUUUUUUCCACCCUCCAUCUGGUCUUGCGGCUGAGAGGAGGUAUGCAGAUCCUUGUGAAGACCCUGACUGGCAAGACCAUUACUCUGGAGGUUGAACCCAGUGACACUGUUGAGAAUGUUAAAGCUAAGAUCCAGGAUAAGGAAGGCAUUCCUCCUGAUCAGCAGAGGCUGAUCUUUGCCGGCAAGCAGCUGGAAGAUGGUCGCACCAUGUCAGAUUAUAACAUCCAGAAAGAGUCCACCCUCCAUCUCGUGCUCCGCCUUAGAGGAGGCAUUCAGAUCUUUGUGAAGACCCUCACAGGCAAGACCAUCACUCUGGAGGUUGAACCCAGUGACACCAUUGAGAAUGUUAAAGCUAAGAUCCAGGAUAAGGAAGGCAUUCCUCCUGAUCAGCAGAGGCUGAUCUUUGCCGGCAAGCAGCUGGAAGAUGGUCACACCAUGUCAGAUUAUAACAUCCAGAAAGAGUCCACCCUCCAUCUCGUGCUCCGCCUUAGAGGAGGUAUUCAGAUCUUUGUGAAGACCCUCACAGGUAAGACUAUCACUCUGGAGGUUGAAUCCAGUGACACUGUUGAGAAUGUCAAAGCUAAGAUCCAGGAUAAGGAAGGCAUCCCUCCUGAUCAGCAGAGGCUGAUCUUUGCCGGUAAGCAGCUGGAAGACGGCCGCACUCUCUCUGACUACAACAUCCAGAAAGAGUCCACCCUCCAUCUGGUCUUGCGGCUGAGAGGAGGUAUGCAGAUCUUUGUGAAGACCCUGACUGGUAAGACCAUCACUCUGGAGGUUGAACCCAGUGACACCACUGAGAAUGUCAAAGCUAAGAUCCAGGAUACGGAAGGCAUCCCUCCUGAUCAGCAGAGGCUGAUCUUUGCCGGUAAGCAGCUGGAAGAUGGUCGCACCAUGUCAGAUUAUAACAUCCAGAAAGAGUCCACCCUCCAUCUCGUGCUCCGCCUGAGAGGAGGUAUUCAGAUCUUUGUGAAGACCCUCACAGGCCAGACUAUCACUCUUGAGGUUGAACCCAGCGACACCAUUGAGAAUGUCAAAGCUAAAAUCCAGGAUAAUGAAGGCAUCCCUCCUGAUCAGCAGAGGCUGAUCUUUGCCGGCAAGCAGCUGGAAGAUGGUCGCACCAUGUCAGAUUAUAAUAUCCAGAAAGAGUCCACCCUCCAUCUUGUGCUCCGCCUGAGAGGAGGUAUUCAGAUCUUUGUGAAAACCCUCACAGGCAAGACUAUCACUCUGGAGGUUGAACACAGUGAUAACAUUGAGAUUGUCAAAGCUAAGAUCCAGGAUAAGGAAGGUAUCCCUCCAGACCAGCAGGGGCUCAUCUUUGCUGGCAAGCAGCUGGAAGACGGCCGCACUCUCUCUGACUACAACAUCCAAAAGGACACCACCCUCCAUCUUUCCAACCUCCAUCUAGUCUUGCGGGUGAGAGGAGGUAUGCAGAUCUUUGUGAAAGCCCUAACAGGCAAGACAAUAACUCUGGAGGUUGAACCCAGUGAUACUAUUGAGAAUGUCAAGGCCAAAAUCCAGGACAAAGAGGGCAUCCCUCCAGACCAGCAGCGUCUCAUCUUUGCUAUCAAGCAGCUGGUAGACGGCCGCACUCUCUCUGACUACAACAUCAAGGGAGGGUCCACCCUCCCUCUGGUUUUGCGGCUGAGAGGAGUGCAGAUCUUUGUGAAGACCCUCAUAGGCCAGACCAUCACUCUGGAGGUUGAACCCAGCGACACCAUUGAAAAUGUCAAAGCUAAGAUUCAGAAUAAGGAAGGAAUCCCCUCUGACCAGCAGAGGCUGAUCUUUGCCGGCAAGCAGCUGGAAGAUGGUCGCAUUGUCUCUGACUACAACAUCCAGAAAGAGUCCACCCUCCAUCUUGUGCUCCGCCUCAGGGGAGGUUUGCAGAUCUUUGUGAAAAACCUGACUGGUAAGACCAUCACUCUGGAGGUUGAACCCAGCGACACCGUUGAGAAUGUCAAAGCUAAGAUCCAGAAUAAGGAAGGAAUCCCCUCUGACCAGCAGAGGCUGCUCUUUGCCGGCAAGCAGCUGGAAAACGGCCGCAAUGUCUCUGACUACAACAUCCAGAAAGAGUCCACCCUCCAUCUUGUCCUCCGCCUCAGGGGAGGUUUGCAGAUCUUUGUAAAAAACCUAACUGGUAAGACCAUCACUCUCGAGGUUGAGCCCAGUGACACCGUAAAGAAUGUCAAAGCUAAGAUCCAGGAUAAAGAAGGCAUCACUCCUGACCAGCAAAGGCUCAUUUUUGCCGGUAAACAGCUGGAAGAUGACAGCACCCUGUCAGAUUAUAACAUCCAGAAAGAGUCGACCCUUCAUCUUGUGCUCCGGCUGAGAGGAGGUAUGCAGGUCUUUGUAAAAUCCCUGACUGGCAACACAAUCACCCUGGAGGUUGAGUCCAGUGAUACUGUUGAGAAUGUCAAGGCCAAAAUCCAGGACAAAGAGAGCAUCCCUCCUGAUCAGCAGAGGCUGAUCUUUGCCGGGAAGCAGCUGGAAGACGGCCGCACUCUCUCCGACUACAACAUCCAGAAAGAGUCCACCCUCCAUCUGGUCUUGCGGCUGAGAGGAGGUAUGCAGGUCUUCGUGAAGAGCCUGACCAUCACUCUCGAGGUUGAGACUAGUGACACCAUCGAGAAUGUCAAAGUUGAUCUGAGACAGAAAAUAGUCUGGUUUUUAUCUUAAAAGAGGAGCAAGCAUUGAAUUCCUGCUGUU